AUGAAAAAUGUGACAGAGAUUACGUCUUUCACUCUUGUGGGUCUAUCAGACCAUCCACCGACCAUGAAUGCACUUUUUGUGUUCUUCCUUCUCAUCUAUCUGAUGACUCUUAUCACAAACCUUCUUAUAUUUUUCUUGGUCCUCACUGACUACAAUCUGCACAACCCAAUGUAUUUUUUUCUUGCCAACUUGGCAUUUCUGGACAUGUGCUAUUCAUCAGUGACGGCACCAAGGAUGCUCUUUGAUUUGGUCACAAAAAUCCGAUCAAUAUCCAUUCCUGCCUGUAUAUCCCAAGUCUUUUUCUACCUCUCCCUUGCUAUCUCAGAAUUUUUCUUGCUCUCGGCUAUGUCCUACGACCGAUACAUUGCCAUCUGCCACCCUCUACAUUACAAACUAAUCAUGUCUUGGAGGGUCUGUACUUGUAUGGCCUCUCUGGUCUGGGUUGUAGGAUAUUCUAUCUCUUUGGUUUACGUUUUAUUUUUUCUCAGGUUGUCCUUCUGCAGAGCAGCUUCCAUCCACAGCUUCUUUUGUGACCUUCCACACUUAUUUCAAAUUACAUGUACUGACCCCUUCAUAAACAUAGUUGUCCUAUUUGUAGCAGGCAGUGUUCUUGGAUUGGGAGCCUUCCUUUUGACCUUUAUUCCCUAUGUCUUUAUUUUCAGGACCAUCCUCAGAAUUCGUAGCAAGACUGGAAAGAUGAAAGCCUUUUCUACAUGCACAUCACACCUCACCGUGGUCUUCAUCUUUUUUGGCUGCAUCAUUUUUAUUUACUUUGUUCCCUCCUCCAGCAAUAUGGUCAAUUUAAACAAACUGUUUUCAGUCAUAUCUGCCCUCAUUAACCCAUUGCUGAAUCCUCUGAUCUACAGCCUGAGGAACAAGGACCUUAUGGAGGCACUGCUGAGGUCUUAUAAUCACUUAAGGUUAAUCCAGGCAUCGUUCUGAAAACAAAUAUGUCACUAUUGACACUUUUGAAAUUCUAGUCGACUAAAUAUUUUAGUAAUGCUUUUCAUAAAAUAAAAAAAUGUCAGUCACUUGUAGUUGUACUUAACCCUUUUAUGGCCAAGGGUCAGUGUAACCUGGAUGCCCAGGCCACAUUUAGAAAAUUCAAUAUACAUUGCUUAACUUCAUAAUAACUCUGUGACUAUUUUACAUUCCAUAUUUUUUUCCAUGUU